GGUAACAUUUAUAUAGAUGAGCACUGAAGGCACAGUACAGGACUUCUGCUAUGGUGACAAUUGGACAUGACAGUCACUACUUCUAAUACAAGAACUACGAGGCACCAAAUACUACUAGUAAAAAACAGGUUCAGGUCAAACAAAAGCUAGUAAUUCUUCACACAGGCAAGGCUGGUCUAUGAAAGCACUGAGUAAAGGAUGUAGUAGAUGCUAGCAGUUUACUGUUUCAAAAGACAGCUGGGCAAAUCUAUGGUAGAGAACUUUACCAACAAGUGUCAAGUGGGAAAAGAAAAAUAGAAAAACAGCCCAACCAAACAACAAAUCAACAACCCAGACACAAUACAUUGACUUAAAAUUCUCCAAAUCAUAAAACUGCUUAGGAAACUAUCCUGAGAGAACAUCCCUAUCAAAGAAUUGUUAAAUUGAAGAAUUGUUCCCCAAUUAAAGACCAUUGCCAAUGCAAGACGACAACCUACAUACACCUUGAACAGUACUCCAUCCAUUCUUGUGUAGACAUCUUUCUUUUUAAACUAAUAAAACCCUUCUAAACAUGAGCAUCAUUUUCAAUGCAGCUCGUUUUCAAUUGCUCAUAUAUUAAUUUCAUAAUGCUUGACUCACUCUGUCUCUCCCUUGCCUUCCCUUUCUCUCUUUUCAGAUUAAGGAAAAUCCAGAUGGGGUGCAGGUGCUGCAAAAUGAUACAAAGCUAUAUCUUUGAUCCAGAAGAAGUACAAUCAUCUGGAUGUAUUCAUGAACGAAACAGCUAUAAAUACAAUGAACAAGGCAGCAAUAAAUCCAGAUUCAAAGAGGAUAGUGAAAAUGAAGAACCCAAAAAUGAACUCCAAAAGGAUGUGGUAAACAAAACAGAAAAUAAAAAUCCAGAAAACUGUACAACAGAAACUCUCUGGAACCACAGAGGAAAUGAUUGUCAAGAGGAUGGCCUUGUGAAGCAUGCUGCAAAGCUUGAUGUUGCAGUCAAUGGUGGCAACUCCUGUGCUCAGCACCCCAUGCUCAACCCCAACACAAGCCCAAUGAAAGAAACCAGUGAAAAGGGAACUUCCAGCCAGCCAGAGGCUUCUUCAGCCAGUAAUAGAGACUUUCACACCAAAACAAAUAGGUACGGACAAGAACUUGACCUAGAGACAGGCAGUCAGAAUAAGGCAGCCAGCAAUGUGCCUAACAGUAUUCCAGACUCCCAGUCUGCAGAAGACAGCAUCUUUCUCAAAGGAAGCUCAAUACUGGAGACAGAAGACAAUGCCAUAAGACUGCCAGGUAUUGAUUAUCCCCAAAAUGGCAAUCAAACUGGGAACUAUGUUGAAAAAGACAGCUUUUCAGUCAGCUGUGCACAUUCAAACCAAAACACUGGUGUUUCAGCAAUACAGAACCAGGACCUUUGUGUAAUCCCACCUUGGCCUGUGAAAGAGACUUGUAUUGAACCUUUUAAAAGUGACUCUGUGAGGUUGAGUGAGAGCCUUACUGGUGGUAUCACUGCAGUGGCUGUUACCAAAGACACACAGGCACCCACACACACCAGCCAUAAAGAUGUCAAUGGAGGAAUUGAGGAGGAAGAUGCAGAAGUUGCAGCAGCUCUGGCUGCACUGGAAGCUGCAACAGCAGGAGAAGACCUGGAAGAUGAUGAUGAGUACUAGACAGUUUCUUUCUAAUACACUGGGUAAGAUCCAGAUGUUAUUUCUGGAUCCCUAUGAACAGAUGUACAGCACACAUGGAGAACGGUUAUGAACAGCAUAUAUAAAAGGACUAAACCUCGGUCCCUUCAGCUGUUUUAUACAGCCUUUUAAUUUCUACUGCCUGAGGUACAGAAGUGCUUCCUUGACUAAUGGUAAUUCUCUUCUCUUUGGGCCCAAACAGGAGGCAAAAGCAUCAUUUCUUCCACACAGAAUAUUCAAUUGUAUACCCACCUCAUCUGGACUCAUGCAAGUGUUUCCUUUUUUUCCUCAUGAGGGUCUGUACACACUGCAUAUUCCAGGUUCACAAAACUCCCAUUAUUUAAAAUAGGACUAUUGAAGCUAUGGAGUUGGAAACCACUGAUUUUCAUCAUUACCAGAAAAAAACCUACAUAAAUGAGCUAAAGUUCUAUGAACUACUGAAAUGCAAAACAGGGAAGGCAGCUUGGACUGAACUUUACUACGGCUAUGGUUCCAUUAUGGAUUAAGCCUAAAUCUGUGCACGUGCACCCAGCAUUGGAAUGGUAACAUUACUUCUCCCCACACACCUCUACCUUGACCUCUUUGAUACCCCAAGUGUUGCUGCUUCAGUUCCUUAAAAUAGCAGAAGCCCAGCCAAAUCUAGGAGGGUUAGUAACUUUCUAUUGGUUUAACGUGCUGAAGUAGCUCAUGUAAGCAUUGCACAGACACUAUCAGAGAGGCCACAGAGAGAAACUCAGUCCCUACCAGUUUGGAUAGAUUAAAAACUGUUGAAACCUCUGAAUUAUGCUAAAUUUUCCAGGUGCAUGUCACCUGUCUUAACAAGACAGUUUUCAAAAAGGCUGUGUCUCAAACAUACUCAGCAAAAUGUGUUUUGUUUAUACAAAAACAGCAAGAGCCAACAAGGACCCCUCCUCAGCUCUGCUUGUAGUCCCUAAAUUUACAUCAGGAAAGGGACUGACCUUCCAAACUGGAUUAAGUAUAAGAUCUAAAUAUAGCAGCAUUCUUGGAGGGGCUUCAUUUCUAAUGGGAGGAAAAAAAAGGAGGUAGAGACCAAUUUGGUGCUGCCAAUUCAGCAAAAGUAUGGUUGGAAUAGAAAGUGUUUGACAUUUUAUACUGAAAUUUUGUGGUUUCCACAUUUUUGUUAAAAAUUCCUAAUAAAUUUUUCAACCAUAUAAAAAAUAAUCUGGUGGCUUUUGUACUUUAUGCAUUUUCUGAAUAUAAAAAUGACAUUAAAGAAGUUUAAUAAGAUACAACCCUCAUUAGAUACAUGAAAAACACCAACAAUGUAUUUGCCUACAGUAUGUGCCGAUUUUGAUUUCUCAAAACAUUAAUGAUACUUCUAGGAGAAAUUAAAAUAACCUAAAGCCUCAGCUUCUAGAGAACUAUAUUCAGCUACAGGUAAGAGUCACAACAUUGCAUCUGUAAAAUAAAAAAGCUUUAUAUGGUUUUAAA